CCCCCGAGCACAAACACAACAAGCUGCCUUCUUUCCACCAUCCCGUUGACAGUCGCAUGCAUGGGAAUCUCUCGUUAACGACGUUCGCCCCCACAACCGAUCCUGGCGCCACGCCCCCCAGAGCCGGAGAACACCCAUCCCUCGGGAGCUCCCGCCCCAUGUUGUUACCGGCGAUCUUGACCUAGUCUAUGACGACGCUGCUCUCGAGAACCAACAGAUCCGGCAACAAUUGGCCCCAGACUUCACAACUUGUAAAGCAGAUGAGCACCCUGGUCAGGAAUCAUCGGAGAUCUGUCGGGAGGGCAAACCGGCAGUGUCUUUUGCCUGGUACUCGAGGCUAGUUGCCUAGUUUUGGAUGUGACGUCUCGGGUCGCCGCAUCACCCCCGCGGUACUAAUAUGUCUGCUAUAUAUUUAAGCAGAGUAAUAACGCAUUCCCGCCCGCGUUACUCCAAUUUCUUGAAGCCAAGUUGUUAAACUCAGUGCGUGAUUGAUCCAGCUUGGGACUUACAACUUACAAGUGUCUGUCUUUUCUCGGCAACAGCAACUUCAACCCGCAUUAUCUUCCAGCCAGCAACGAACAUCUCACGAUGUCGUCCUCCCGCGCCCCCCUCUUCGACAAGACCCGCGCCCUGGGCGAGAUCGCACGCCCCCGCCGGCCCCGUGUGAUCGUCACAGGCGGCUCGGGAAAGCUCGGGCGCGCCGUGGUGAACCUGCUGGCAGAGUCGUGGGAGGUGAUCUCGCUGGACAUCAGGCGGCCGCCCACGGCGUCCGAGGACGGCAAGUCGGGGCUGGGCGGGGCCUACCGGCUGGUCGAGGUCGACCUGGAGGACAUGGGCGCGGUGCUGGAGACGUUCAUCUCGACGGACAUGGCGUACGGCAGCGUGGGCGGGCCCGGGGUCGACGCCGUGGUGCACCUGGCCGCGCUGCCGUCCCCGGGGCAGACCAACUCGAGCCGGCAGUUCCGCACCAACACCAUGAGCACGUACAACGUCCUCGAGGCGGCGCGCAAGCUCGGGGUCCGCAACGUCGUGCUGGCGAGCUCCGAGACGCUCAUCGGCAUCCCGCUCGCCGAGGACGGCGGCGGCCACGAGCCCGCCAGCCUGCCCAUCACCGAGGACCACGAGCGCCGGCCCGAGAGCGCGUACUCGCUCAGCAAGCUCGUCGGCGAGGUCCUGGCGGAGCAGUACGUGCGGUGGGACCCGGAGCUCAGGGUCGUCUCCCUGCGGUUCUCCAACGUCAUGAGCCCCUCCGACUACCUCGACUUUGAGGACUGGCAGGACGAGCCGGCCAGGAGGAGCUGGAAUGCCUGGGGGUACAUUGACGCGCGCGACGGGGCCCAGGCUGUUGCGAAGAGCCUUGAGAAGAAAGGCGCGGGACACCACCAGUAUCUCAUUGCUGCUUCAGACACCUGCAUGCGGACCAAGAAUGAGGAUCUGGUCAGGGCUUGUUUCCCGAACAUCAAGUAUACGCCUACGAAGGGGGAGAGGGACACGCUGUUGAGUAUUGAGAAGGCGAGGAGUGAGCUUGGGUACGAUCCGAAGUAUACGUGGGAGGCUCAGGUCCAGAAGUCAAGUUAGGGUGGUGAUGGCGCGGGCAGCAGGGCGAUUCUGUGUAUUUUGAAAAUAAUUAGUAGUGGCUGUCAUAGUGCGCGGGGCAAUUCACUUCAAAAUGCAAGACUUGCGUGGCAGAGCAAGAAUA